GCCCGCGCAGCGGACGCGGCGGCGAUGCCACCACCACCACCACACAGCUCAAUAGCAGCGCAACGAGGAGGAGGGGGAGUGCAACUGGGAGCGGUGGUGGUGCAACCGGGAGGAACGGGGGUGCAACCAGAAAGAGCGGUGGCCCAAGGAGGAGCACCAUCGUGGGUAGUGGUUCAUGCCCCCGACCAGCAGGUGGUAAUGACCAGGCAGGAGAUGCAGCAAAUGGUGGCGGAGGCGGCCGCGCAAGCAGCUCGGCAAGUCACGGACAGUCUCUCCCGGGCUACAGCAACGCCGAACACUAUGGCAGGGUCACUCCAAAACGCGGAGGAGGAUGAGUCCAGCUAUGGUGGAGGCGGGCCCAUGCAUGACCGGGAGAUGGAGAGGAUGGCGGAGCAGCUGCGCCAACUGCAGGCUAAGGUGGAUGGUCGAGCAGAGAGGCGUGCUCGAGGACACCCAUUCUCGGCGGACAUACUAGCGGCACCCUUGCCAAAUAAUGACAAGGAUACCAACUUGGUGUUCGAUGGGACUUCUGAUCCGUCGAGACACGUGAGGACGUUUGAAAAUAUGGCUGUGUUGCACGGAUAUACUGACCCCGUUAGUUGCAGGGCCUUUUUAUCGACCUUGAGGGGAGGGGCGCUCGAUUGGUUCCAACAGCUCCCCCCAGGCUCGAUAGUGGACUUUGAGGAUUUUGUGGAGAAGUUGACAAAUCAAUAUUCGAGCGUGGUGUCUCAGGAGAAAACGUAUUUGACAUUGAUGGCGAUGAGACAAGGCGAGAAGGAGUCACUGCAUAAAUAUGUCGCUCGAUAUAAUCAGGCUUGUUUGGAGAUCCCAUCGGCGGUCGACGAGGUCAAGGCGGGAGGAUUGAUAAGGAGCUUGCGGGCAGGACCGUGUCGGACUUCUCUGGCUAAGACUCCUGCUCACACCUAUGAUGAGAUAUUGAGGAGAUGCAGGAAGUACAUUAAUCUCGAGGAAACUGAGGCGGAGUUCGCCAAACUAGAAGAGCUAGGUCGAGGGGA